UGUCAAGCUGGAUACACUGAUAAAGGAUUUCGUUGUAAAUGUCCUUUAGGAUUAACUGGUGUAUACUGCAAGAGAGCCUGCAGCUUUGACUUUGAAGAUGGAAUCGGCGGGUGGGAAAUGACAGGCAGAGCUUUCAUGUACCAGCCAACAUUUGGUGACAAUCCAGUCGCGCGCAAGAAAAGCGCCCAGCCUCAAGGGGACUGGUGGGUAGGGGGAGCUGAGAAACGGCCAAAUGAGAGCUUUCCCGUAGGAGGGCAGCAUCCAGAUGGAGCCGACAAACCCCAUGGAACUCUCACUUCACUUUGUUUUCGUAUUGUUGGCAAGAAUAUUUCGUUUCUCAUUGGUGGAGGAUGUGAAGUAAAUGAGGUUCGUGCGGAGCUUAUUGUCAACAACCAGAUCGUCAGAAAAGAGACAGGAAACUGUCUGGAGAAUAUGACCCGUAAGAGCUGGGACGUAGAGGAGUUUAUUGGUCAAUAUGCGCAAGUCAAACUUGUAGAUGAGACUUCUGGUAGUUGGGGUCACAUCAACUUUGAUGACCUUAAAGGAGAUAUCAUUUGUCCUCACGAUUUUGACGGGAAAAACUGAAGAGAUAGCGGCUUUAAAAUCUAACUUAUCAACUCAAGUCACUUUAAAAGUAUGGUGAAGCAGCGUUUGACGCAGUAUACUACUUUCAUUGUGCUAGCAUAGAUAGACACAAUGACAAUGUUUUUGGUGAACAGUAGAAUAGUAUUAUGAAACAACUUUAUGCACGUGAUUGAGAAGGCGAUAAUUAUACAAUACAAUCGUUAUAUCGCUUUACUACUAUGACGAGGAUAGUCGAUUGCCUUAGAUGCUAGCAAUCGCAUCACAUUUACUUUUCUUAAUAUUUGCUUUACAGAAUCCAUAUCUGUAAAAACUCUUCGAACAGUCUGUUCGAGAUUAGGUAUUGAAGUCAUUUGUGAGUAAAAGAAACAUCUUUUUUUUGUUGUCAAAAAUCAUGAGGGAUGUUAACACCAAGUGGAAAGGCAUGAUAUUUCAAGUUCGCGGGGUUCCGGGCUUCUGACAAAUUGUCAUU